AUGUUGGACGUUGAUGAAGUCGAGCUCAAGGAGCGUCUAGUUGCCGCUGUUAAAAAGGAGGUCAAACAGCUGAUGGAAGAGGCUGUCACCAAGAAAUACAUACACGAAGAAAGCAGUUCGGUAAUACAGUUAUGCGCCGCCGUCGAAGCUUGUUUGAGUCAGGGUUUGCGUCGACGUGCUUUAGGUUUAUUUAAGACCUCCUCCACAACAGCUUUGCUACAUAAAAUCGCCAAAACCUGUGAAGAUGCCGAAUGUAUUAGCAAGAAAGUGUUGGAAAUCGAAGCAGCCGAUCCAAGUAAACGUUCAUCAUCUAGUAGUGAUAGUGUAAAUCGUCCGCCGAUGUUGAAAAAGGGUAGCAGCACUUCGGUCACGACGAUGAGUUUAAGCGGUUCCAAUAUCACGAUGGCGUCAAUGAAAUACCUAUGGAUCCGCUUGGCUUUGUUCGAAAAGAAGUUGGCUAAAAUAAUUGAAUACUUAGUGGCCAACGCUAGUACUUAUUACGAUCGCGACUCACUUGUAGCAGACUCAGACUAUGGCUCCAUAUUGAGUUCGCUUUUGGUUGGACCAUGUGCGUUGGAGUUUACACGAGCCAAAACUGCCGAUCACUAUUGGACCGAUCCGCACGCUGACGAACUGGUUAAACGCCACCGCAUCAGUUCGGGACGUCGUUCUUCCUCAACUUGCUCAAGAGCACCAAUUUUAAAUUUCAAACGUAGUCUAAAUACCAGCACAGACGAUUGCACCACCGCCGCAGGCUUCAAAUCCAUAGCUUCUACUACAGUGGCCAAAGAUUACGUUGAGUCGUUGCAUCAAAACUCCAGAGCCACACUGUUAUAUGGAAAGAAUAAUGUUUAUGUGGUGCCGAAAGACGUAAAUGAGAAAAUGCCCGGUUACUUGAGUCUACAUCAACAUGUGCAGACGCUCAUCAUUAAGUGGACGCCGAAUCAACUCAUGAACGGCUACAAUGAGGAGGAGGAGGAGGAGAAUGAGGAACAGGAUAAGGAGUCAUACUGGGCCUAUGCACUCAAUAUCAAUGUAGAUGAGAUUGUGUACGUGCAUUGCCAUCAGAAUCGUGGUGAGGAUAGUGGCGGCAUUAUAGUGUUGGUCGGGCAGGAUGGUGUGCAACGUCCGCCGAUACAUUUUCCCGAAGGUGGACACAUGCAACAGUUCCUAAGUUGUUUGGAGACAGGCUUACUGCCGCAUGGUCAGCUGGAUCCACCGCUUUGGUCACAACGUGGCAUUGGCAAAAUAUUUCCAUGGCCGAAGAGUGUACGCAGGCGUAUUUUACCCUCAGUCAUGGAAUCGUUUGAUGAGACCCCAAUUGAUUAUGUCUUUCGCAUUGUGAGCAAAAGCAAACAUGAGGAGUUUGCUGCUACUCAUUCCAUACUGGACUUUGUGCGCAGCACUCCACGUCGUGCGCAAUUGAGCAGCUGUUCAACAACUGGAUCGAGUGAUUGCUCUAGCAAGAGUCUCUCUAUGGAUCAGCAUCCGCUGGAAUCUCCAUUGGUCCAGACAAAACAAAACACGAGUAUUGAGAUGGUUUGCUCAACAAUGAGAAGACAAAUAAUAUCGAGAGCAUUUUAUGGUUGGCUGGCCUACUGCCGACACUUGUCAACAGUACGCACUCAUCUCUCAGGGUUGGUAAAUGGACGCAUAACACCGGAAUUAAAAGCCGAUGAGGAUGGGCUAACAAAAGAACGCUGGGAAGCUUUAAAUGUCAAUGGUGUUGUUAAAAACGAAGUAGACGUCUAUCGGCUUGUGUAUUUUGGUGGGGUGUGCCCAGAACUGCGAAAGGAAAUAUGGCCGUAUCUGCUUGGACACUACAGUUUUGGCUCGACACCAGAGGAGCGACAGAAACAAGAUGAGACCUGCAAACAUUACUACGAGACGACAAUGAGCGAGUGGUUGGCAGUGGAUGCAAUUGUACAGCAAAGAGAAAAGGAGAAGACGGCACGUGCUGUGGCCAAACUGAGUUCGGGUAGCAAUAGUGGCAAUGAUAAGACUGUGCGUGCCGCCUAUAUUGACGAGGGUGAAUUAGAGAAUGAAGUUUUCGAAGAUAUAUCUGAUAUCUCGGAUCCUGGUGAGUUAGAGUACGACGAAGAGCAACAACGGCAAGCACAAGUCGAGGCAGCAACAGGAAAUGGACAAAAUUACCUAACCGUCAAACCCAUACCACGUGCUAUGAAGACAAGCACAGACUCGGGAAAUGUAGACGAAACAAUGGAGGAUGAGGAUGAAGAAGACAUGGUAAAUAAAGAUAGCUACAGACCAAAAGAAGAAGAUACGUUGCCAAAGGAGCAGGUCACUGAUGCGGGCGUCAAUGAACCAAUUUCGAAUAAGAGCAACAAAAGCGAGCAAAUGCCAGCUGAAGCAACUGACGAGUGCACACAACCCGGCCAGAGCGAAAAGACCUCACCAUCUUCGUCUUCAUAUGAAACGGUUGGCGCUGGUUUUGGCUAUACUGAAUUGAAUCUGCAUACAUCAAUAUCGGCAAAUUUGAAUUCCACCGAAGAGCGAGAUAAGAGCGUGCUGAGUCCAGAGUUUUUGAGUGCGGACGACUUGCCAGCACAACUUGACGUUGCCGACGAAGUUGAGCGUGAAUUGACAACAGUAGAGGCGAAUGUUGCUGGUCGACCUUCGGCUGUUAUUGUAACAAAUGCUUCCAUUGAUGUGGCAAAUUGGCUGCCGGACGUAAAAUCGGAAUGCGAACAGAUGCCAACUUUAUUGGAACAAGGAUCUAUGGAGGCGCAUGCGGAAGUUGCUGCUGUGAGUAGUAGCUCUUUUAUGGAUGCAUUACAGGAACCGAAAUCGGCAUGCGUUUCACCGGCAAGCUCGAAUGGUGGUGUUUAUAGUAGCGAAUUGCUGGAACAAUUCGGAUUGAACCUACAUCGCAUCGAAAAAGAUGUGCAACGCUGCGAUCGAAAUUACUGGUAUUUUGCCAACGAAAAUUUGGACAAACUCAGGAAUGUUAUAUCCACUUAUGUGUGGGAACAUUUGGACGUCGGCUAUAUGCAGGGCAUGUGUGACUUGGUCGCACCAUUGCUCGUAAUAUUCGACGAUGAGUCUCUCUGCUAUAGCUGCUUCUGCAAGCUUAUGGAGCGCAUGAUCGAGAACUUUCCGAAUGGCGGCGCCAUGGACAUGCACUUUGCGAAUAUGCGUUCGCUCAUACAAAUUUUGGACUCGGAGAUGUACGACCUAAUGGAUUCGAACGGCGACUACACACAUUUCUAUUUUUGUUAUCGUUGGUUCUUGCUCGAUUUCAAGCGUGAGUUGGUCUAUGAUGAUGUCUUCGCUACCUGGGAAGUCAUUUGGGCGGCAAAGCAUGUGGCCUCCAGUCAUUUCGUGCUCUUCCUCGCUCUAGCGCUACUGGAGACUUAUCGUGACAUAAUAUUGUCGAACAGCAUGGAUUUUACGGAUGUCAUCAAGUUCUUUAAUGAAAUGGCCGAACGUCAUAAUGCCCAAGCGGUGCUGCAAUUGGCACGCAGCUUUGUCUUGCAGUUGCAAAUGAUAAUCGAAAAUAAAUAAAUUAUUUACUGUUGUUGUUAAGUUAAGGUAAUCAUCGCAUGAAGUUUAGUAAAUGAGUGAAACGAGCGCCAACUGACAGUGGCUUCCAAAAGUAAAGUUACUAUAGCGAAAUGAGAUAUAUUGAUAUUUGCAGAGGCAAAUAUGAAUAUUUAGAAUUAUCUAAAAAAGACAUAUAAAUCAUUUUCUGCACUUAAUACUUUAGUAAAAUUGUUAGAAAAAUGAAAUUAUUUGCGGAAAAGGAUACAAAAAUAAAUUUAUUUAUUUACCAAAUACUUUGAUUAAAUUAGCACACAAUUGUAUUAGUAAAAGAUAAUAUAAAAAAAUUUAAAAGUAUGAAUAAAUAUAAUGAACAAAUUCAAAAAACACACACACACAUCAUAAUAAAACAAAAGAAGGCAGGUAAAACUCAUAGUUCCCUGAAUAAAUGUAUCCUAAUAUGUCUUCAAAUACUGUGAAUGUUAGAAAAAAAUUGCCAGAUUAAUUUUUCAAAGUAAAACGGAAAUUUGUUUUUUGUACAAACUAAAGGAUAAUGUAAAAACAAUUUCCUAAUAUGUAAAAAUUACUAAUAUUUCAAUUACGGUUUUCAACUACACUCAGUUGGAUUGAAGUUGAACCAAUUUAUCUUGUUCUGAACUCUUUUUUGGUACCACGAAUUUCAACUGCAGUCGAAGAUUCAUUGAAAUUGUCAACCUAAAAAUUGAAGAUUUGACAGAUAAUUAGGUUAGGUUAGGUUAAGAGAUCGAUCCUGAAGAGAUCUCAGUUGGACAGCGUAGAACGCUAAUCCGUUGUGUUACUUGAAACUCCUAUAUGAUAGAUCAUAAGACCCCUAGAAAUCCACUAAGCGCUUUGAGGCUUUUACAAAUUAAUUGAGACGGUCAACUCAUCCAGCUUCCGGAUUUUACUUCACGAGCUCCAAGAAAUAUGUAACAUUUCCAUGUAUUUGUGCAACAAGAUGAUUAAAAUAUAUUUUUUUUUACCAAAUUUCCACUUUCGAUCAAUUUUUUUCGUAAAUAAACGCAGCACUGUUCAAUUGCAACUAACUACUUGGUACCAGUUGAAAAUUUUUUUAUACUCUAGUCAACCUUACCGGCACAGAGUUGUUAACUGUAAUAAUACAAAGUAGUUGAUGUUUCAUAUCACUUAAACAGAUUUUUUUUUUGACCGCUUGAGUUGAUAACCAUAUGCAAUAUUUAAUUACAACUACUUGGUACCAGUUGAAAUUUUUUGAUAGUCUAGCCAACAACUGACUUAGAGUUUACAAUUGUAAUAUCGCAAAAAAGUUGAUGUUUCGCAGCACUUCAACAUAUAUUAUUUUUUUUUUGAUCGGUUGGGUUAACAAUCAUGACACUGAAUUUCAAAACUUCAACCAAAAUUGAGUUGAGUUGAAAACCAUAAUAUUAGCCUGAGUUUAUGUUACACUUUUCAAUUAUAAAAUAUUUUUGAUAAAAAUUCAUCUUUUUAAGUAAUACAAAGUUUAAGUUAUUAUAUAUUC